UUUUUAACCACAAACCGAAUUUUCUUUCAUUUAGGUGAUCUAUAUAUAUCUAUAUCGUAUAGCUUAUAGCUUAUAUCUAUUUUAAAUAACUUAAAGCCGCUAAAAUUUGGGGGGGAACAGCUUUCGCCCUGGAGCGGUGCGCGAUGCUGUCUCACGCCGACCUCCUGGACGCCAGGCUAGGUAUGAAAGAUGCCGCCGAGCUUCUGGGCCACCGGGAGGCGGUGAAGUGUAGGCUGGGCGUGGGGGGCUCUGACCCUGGGGGCCAUCCAGGGGACCUGGCGCCCAACUCCGACCCAGUCGAAGGAGCCACUCUGCUGCCGGGCGAGGACAUCACCACCGUGGGCUCUACUCCUGCUUCGCUGGCGGUGAGCGCCAAAGACCCAGACAAGCAGCCGGGGCCCCAGGGCGGCCCCAACCCCAGCCAAGCCGGCCAGCAGCAGGGCCAACAGAAACAGAAGCGCCACCGGACACGCUUCACCCCAGCGCAGCUCAACGAAUUGGAGAGGAGCUUCGCCAAGACUCACUACCCCGACAUCUUUAUGCGUGAGGAGCUAGCGCUGCGUAUCGGGCUGACCGAAUCGCGAGUGCAGGUCUGGUUCCAGAAUCGCCGCGCCAAGUGGAAGAAGCGCAAGAAGACCACCAACGUGUUCCGCGCGCCCGGCACGCUGCUGCCCACGCCGGGGCUGCCCCAGUUCCCGUCGGCCGCCGCCGCCGCGGCCGCCGCCAUGGGCGACAGCCUGUGCUCUUUCCACGCCAACGACACCCGCUGGGCGGCGGCCGCCAUGCCCGGGGUGUCCCAGCUCCCUCUGCCGCCUGCGCUCGGCCGCCAGCAGGCCAUGGCGCAGUCGCUGUCCCAGUGCAGCCUGGCGGCGGGGCCACCGCCCAACUCCAUGGGUUUGUCCAACAGCCUGGCGGGCUCCAACGGAGCGGGGCUGCAGUCGCACCUCUACCAGCCCGCCUUCCCCGGCAUGGUGCCCGCUUCCCUCCCCGGCCCCAGCAACGUCUCCGGCUCGCCCCAGCUCUGCAGCUCUCCGGACAGCAGCGACGUGUGGCGGGGCACGAGCAUCGCCUCCCUGCGCCGCAAGGCGCUCGAGCACACAGUCUCCAUGAGCUUCACCUAAUGCCGCCGCGCGCCGCCCGCUGCGCCCGGGCGCCGCCCCCGUCCCCUCCCCCAGAACCCCGGCCGCGCGCGCCGGGAUGCCAGCCCCUCCCCUUCCCCGGUGUCCUCCGUCCUUCCCGAGCCCCGGCGAGGUCGCCUCCCGAGUUCCCUCCCCGAGCCCGGCUCCCCUCGCCCCGUGCUGCCCGCCGCCUCGGCCUCCCGCUCGCCCAGGUCGUGCUCGCGCCCUCCUCCCGGCCUCUGCCAGGCGGCGACCCGGGCCACACUUCGGUCA